UUGUAAUUUUGUAAAAUCACUGUCUUUACAUGUUUAUUUGGUUUGGUGGGAAGAAGUCGUCAAACAUCAAAUUCAAUCAUUACCAUUUUGCAUUUUUGAUCCAGUAACGGAAGGAACUCAUCACUCUUGCUGUGUGAGCUUUCAACUCAUCAAUGGAGGAAGAUAGGAAGAGAUCGGUGGAGGAAGAAUGGAACUCCAUGAAUUCAACUAAUCACCAACUCUCUCGUGCUCAUUUCCCCCCCAAAUUCCUCUUUGGCGUCGCUACUUCUGCUUAUCAGGUUGAAGGAGCUGCCAAUCUGGGUGGCAGGGGUCCUUGUAUUUGGGAUAAAUUUGCAUCCACAGAAGGCAAGAUAAAAGAUGGGAAAGACGGAGUUGUAGCAGUAGAUCAGUACCAUCGUUACAAGGAAGACGUUGACCUUAUUGUCAAAAUGGGAUUCAGUGCUUAUCGGUUUUCUAUCUCCUGGUCACGUAUCUAUCCAGAUGGGCUAGGAAUCCAAGUCAACAACGAUGGGAUCAUGUAUUAUAAUAACCUUAUAAACUACCUUCUUGAAAGGGGAAUUGAGCCGUGUGUCACAUUAUACCAUUGGGAUCUUCCAUUGCAUCUUGACGAGUCAAUGGAAGGGUGGUUAAGUGACUCAAUAGUAAACUAUUUUGCGAUCUAUGCAGAAACUUGCUUUGCGAAUUUUGGUGAUCGAGUGAAGAAGUGGAUUACACUCAAUGAACCCCUUCAGACAGCAGUAAAUGGAUACUUUACUGGCGUAUUCGCACCUGGAAGAUGUGAACAUUUGUCACCAGAACCUUAUUUGGCUGCUCAUCACCAGCUUUUGGCCCAUGCAGAAGCUGUUUCAAUAUAUAGAAGAAAAUUUAAGGAUCUGCAAGGCGGAGAAAUAGGCUUGGUUGUGGAUUGUGAAUGGGCCGAGGCCUUAACGGAUAACAUAGAAGAUAUAACUGCUGCAGCAAGGCGCAUCGACUUUCAGCUUGGAUGGUACUUGGAUCCAAUAUUUCUUGGAGAUUAUCCUAAAUCUAUGAAGGAGAGGCUUGGAGAUUUGCUUCCUGUAUUCUCCGAUAAAGAUAAAGACAUUCUAAGAAAUUCAGUCGAUUUCGUUGGCCUGAAUCACUAUACAUCAAGGUUUGUGUCACAUAAAACAAACGAAGGAGAUAACCAUUAUUAUGCAAUACAAGAGGUGACAAGAAUAGCUGAAUGGGAAAACGGAGCGAUUGGCGAAAAGGCGGCAUCAUCAUGGCUCUAUGUUGUUCCAUGGGGUCUAAAGAAACUUCUUAACUACGUUGCUCAGAGAUACAAUAAUCCGCCUAUACAUGUUACUGAAAACGGUAUGGAUGAUGAAGACAAUGAUACUUCUCCCCUACAUGAGAUGCUGGAUGACAAAUUGAGAGUUGCAUACUUCAAGGGAUAUCUUGCAUCUGUUUCUAUGGCUAUCAAGGAUGGAGUCGAUGUUAGGGGAUACUUUGCAUGGUCGUUGGUGGAUAAUUUCGAGUGGCAACAAGGUUAUACGAAGCGCUUCGGUUUGGUUUAUGUUGAUUACAAGAACGGUCUCGCUCGUCACCUCAAGUCGUCGGCUUAUUGGUUCAUGAAGUUCUUGAAAGGUGAAGAUGGGAAAAAUGGCAAAGAAGAUUGAUGCACACUUGACCAUUGUUGUUAUUUAUUUCUUGGGUAUAAACACAUCCAAAAUAUAUGAUAUUUUAUAUAUAAAUGUUUUGAAGUUUUUGGACCAAAAUGGAAAGUGUGUGUGGUAGAAAACUACAGAACAAUGAGUAAUAUUAUUUUGUGUGGGGUGUAAAUGAAUCGAACGUUUAGCCAACCGUUUGGUGGGAGGUUGGUUUAUUUAAUAAAUGAACAAACAUUAAUACA